AUGGUAGACGCGACAUCCAUCCAAUCAGCCAACGACUAUCAACACCGCAACGGGAGCUACGAACUAGCCAAGGCCGUCGGCACGCCGGAAUACCGACUAGCUGCGACGGACAUUACCUCCAAUAACCUCACGCCAAUACCUGUGCCAAUACUGGCAGUGUGCCAUUCCCAAAAACAAUUCAUGCCACGUUGCCCACCAGCCAAAUCCACGCCAUGCACACCGCCAAAUCCGCCAGUUGACCACACACCGCCAAAUCCGCCGUUGCACCACGCCAAAUCCCGCCAGUUGCCACCGCAAAACAGCCCGUUGCCACCGCCCAAAUCCGCACCCGUUGCCACGCACCCAAACCUCCUUACAUGCGACCACAAAGCACGACAUUUCCACCGCUCAAUCCGCCAUUACCUGCACCAAACCGCACCAAUUUCCGACCUCCACAAACACCGACCUGCCCCAAAACCGCCAAUUUCCCCUCCGAAUCCACACCAUUACCUGCACGCUCGCCCCAUUUCCACCAAAAUCGUGUCCGCCGUUGAACUCAGACGCCAUCACAUUUCACCCGAAUACCACCAGGCGACUGACCCAGACUCGCCCAUCACGAUCCACUCGACUCCACACAGCUGA